UGAACCCGGGCCAACAUGGAUCUCCUGCCAACCCACGUGACUCGCUACGAGUCAAACCGGGCCGAGCGUGUAAGGAUCACAGCGAAGAGUCCAUGGACUCACGUUUGGACCGAAUGGACCGCUAAGAUCUGGGGUGGGGGGGCAGCCAGAACAUCUUCGGACGCUCUGGGGGCGCCCGGCUCCUGGUGGUUGGAAGUACUCGUCAUGUUUUGCUCAGCUAAGACGGGAGGCAGCCUCGCUGUGUGGAGGGAGGAGAGAGAGAGCGGCUCUCCCAGAAUAGAGGUGCGAGGGAUGAUGAUGGAGGCCAGCUUCGACACUGAGGAGAGCUUUGACGACCCCUCCUGUCUCGCCCCGCAGCCCCCCGGCGCCGUGUCCCCGGCCAAGAGGCAGAUCAAGGAGGUCAAGGAGACCAAAACCACCAUCAACUGUGUGACGUUUCCUCUGCCUGGAGAAGGUCCGGAGCAGCAGCUGCUCAAACCAGACGAAUGGAGCUACUGCGACUAUUUCUGGGCCGACAAAAAGGACCCGCAGGGGGCCACCUCGCUGCCGGGCUUCGAGGUUCUUCUGCAGAAGCAGCUGAAGGGGAAGCAGAUGCAGAAGGAGAUGUCGGAGUUUGUUCAUGAGAGGAUAAAGAUUGAGGAGGAAUACGCCAAGAACCUCUCCAAGCUGUCUCUGAGCCCGCUGGCAGCGCAGGAGGAAGGGACUUUGGGAGAAGCCUGGACUCAGCUGAAGAAGAGCCUCCACGAUGAAGCUGAAGUUCACCUCAAGUUUGCUAAUAAGCUGCACACUGAGGUGGAGAAACCGCUGCUGACAUUCAGAGGCGACAACUUCAAGAAGGACCUGAAGAAGUACGACCACCACAUCGCAGACCUCAGGAAGCAGCUGGCGAGCCGCUUCGCCAGCGUGGAGAAGGCCCGUAAAGCUCUGGCUGACCGGCAGAAGGAUCUGGAUCUGAAGACCCAGCAGCUGGAGGUCAAACUCAGCAACAAGACGGAGGAGGACAUCAAGAAGGCCCGACGGAAAUCCACGCAGGCAGGAGAUGACCUCAUGCGCUGUGUGGACCUCUACAACCAAACCCAGUCCAAGUGGUUUGAGGAGAUGGUCACCACCAACAUGGAGCUGGAGAAGCUGGAGGUGGAGCGGAUCGAGUGGAUUCAGCAGCAUCUGCGUCAGUACACCACUCUGCGGCAUGAGACCGACAUGUUCAACCAGAGCACGGUGGAGCCCGUCGACCAGCUCCUGCAGAACGUGGAUCCCUCCAAAGACCGGGAGCUGUGGGUGAAGGAGAACAAAACCGGGGAUGUGCGGCCGGUGGACAUGGACAUUUAGAGCCUCCUGACCCGGGAUCAGCCUCCCGCCUCCACUGUUGCGACUUGUCUGCAGAGUCCAGAGCUUUUCCGAUGCCCCGACCUGCGGGCCGUGCUCGGCCGCAGACGUGCGCUCUGCUCGUCCUCUGGCUGCAGCCCCACCGGGGAAAAGCGUCAACAAAGUCUGGAAAAGAGAAGCGGAUCCAAGAAGCAGCAUGUUCCUUCUAAAUCCCACCCCUCCCAUGAUCAACGUUCCUGAAUGCUCGUUACGUCCUCUGCUGUCUAACUGUUGUAAAGUUCUUCAAGCACAUCUCUGUAUUCUGAAUUCAUCAGCUUCAGUCGACUCUUUUACAGUUUGACCAAACCAAAAAAGAGAAAAAAACACAAAAAAUGUUUAUUUUAAUACACUGAAACCUACAGAAAAGUUAGAAUGCAUAUAUUUUCCUAUUUUGCUCCAUUUCUUUGCUGGAAGUGCAUGUUUACCGUAAGGCUGCAGUUCGUGGAACCAUGAUGGCUGUUCUGGUGUUUGGUUUUUGCACAAAGUAAAUCUGUAUCUUCAUUUACCAGAAGAGAAACGUCCAGGAAGCUGAGAGGACGCGGUGGAAGCGGCUCCCUGGGUUCAGGCCAGAGUCCGUUCUGGAGGAAAAAGGUGCUCCAAGUCACUGAAACACCUUUGAGUGCCUGAAUGGUUUUAAACCCGGAAUAUGCUCGGUUUAUUCUCUGCAUCCGUGUACAUUUGUACAUACUUAAUAUUUUACCGUCAGAAGUGUUUGAUGUUGUACGUUUUAUUUUUGUAAAUGUGCAGGAAAGUGGAAAAACUGUUUUUAACUAAAAGGACAAUGUGGUUCUUCAGAGUUCUGUGGGUCAGGAUGAGGAACCCGCUCAGAUUACCUGUACAGUUUGUGUUCUCGUCUGUCCUCUGUUCUCUCCAGGAACCGUCCUGGAGCUCCUGCAGGUUUCCGGCGGUUGUAGACGGUUUGUGUGUGUCGUUCUCCCAGUGUCAUUCUGUUCUGGAUUAUUGUUCCUGAUUAUGAUCCCGCCGAGUUCCUGCUGAACGUUCUCAUCGAAUGUUUGAAGAACGUUUGCUCAUGUGUGACCUCUGUCCAGGCCGUGUCCCGAGGAAUGCAGCGUCCCAAAUAAACCUCGCUAUGAAAACGCAGAA